AUGGACCGAUCUAACAAGCCCUCUGCCAUUGGACUGGGAGCUUCCCUCCCUCAGCCCUCCCUCUCCAUCAAGGAUAACAUUAUUGAAGCUUCACUGCCCACCGGCCAGUCAGUGACCGUGCACUUAUAUGGUGCUACCGUGACCUCGUGGAAGGCAAAUGGCAAGGAGCAUCUGUUCGUCAGCGAGAAAGCUCACCUGGACGGUUCCAAGCCCAUCCGGGGCGGCAUUCCUCUGGUGUUCCCGGUCUUCGGUCCCCCGCCGCAGAACCACGCUACCUCCCCUCUACCACAACAUGGCUUCGCUCGUAACUCCAACUGGGAGUUCUUGGGCAAGUCCUCUUCGGAAGCGCCCGGAAGAGAUAGCGAUCAAACCGAUCUCACCGUGAAGUUGGAUUUCGGACUGUCGCAUUCCAUGCUGACCGAGCAAUUCCGUGAGGCGUGGCCCUAUGAGUUCGGUCUGGUGUACAGUGUUACCCUCACAAAGGACUCGUUGGAAACGGCGCUGCAGGUUCGCAAUGAGGGCAAACAGAACUUCGAGUUCCAGGUUCUGAUGCACACAUAUCUCAAGAUUGCGGACAUCUCCGAUAUCCGUGUCAAGGGCCUCGAAUCCAAGACGUAUUCCGAUAAGACCCUCCAAGGAACCUCCCACACCGAAUCGUCCCCUGCGUUGCCGAUCACACAAGAAACCGAUCGCGUUUAUAAGGAUCUCAAGCCCUCCGUUCCCAUUGUCGUUGCCUCUGCUAAGGACGACAAGCCUUUGUUCUCGAUCACCCGGGAGGCUUUGUCUGAUAUUGUGGUCUGGAACCCAUGGAUUGAGAAGGCCAAGGGCAUGGCCGAUUUCGGACCCGAUGAGGCUUACAAAAACAUGAUCUGUGUGGAGGCCGGCUCGGUGUCUGGCUGGCAGACCCUUGAGGCCGGAGAAGCCUGGGAGGGUGGACAGAGCAUUCAAGCGCGCCUGUGA